AACUACCCGCCCCCCCUCACUUUGCUUCAUCUUCUCCAACCUCCAAACCCCACCUCCCAUGGCUUCCCUUUGCCUUCAACCUCAAGCAGCCAUGGCUACACACACACAGUUGCAGCGUCAACCUUCUCCAAACAGACCCAACAAGCUUCACUUCAUCGCCUUCGGAGCUCCCUCGUCGCCAUCGAUGCCUCGUCGAUUUCAUCAUGCUUCCUCCUCGCGUCCAGCCAUUGAUGCUACUGUUCACACAGCUGUGCCUGUGUCGUCACUUCAUCUUCUUCGUCCAAUGAACAACAGUCCAGCUACUUUUUCUUCGUGUUCGUCAACGCUCGUUGCCAUGGCUGCUGUCGCGACUGCGUCUCCUCUUCGUCGACCGCGGCUAUCGCCGCUACUUCCGAGCACGUCGAGCUGCUGCCAUGGUCGACCAGCUGCUCCUGUUCCGAGCACGUCAACUGCUGCCUGUGUCCAGCUGUGACGAGCAACCAUGGCUGCUCCGAACGGAUGUCGCCGCUGUUUCUCCUUAACCUCCAUUGCUACUGCUUCGACGUUGUUUCAGCCGAAUCCUUAAGUUCGAGUUCGUCGUUGGUUAGUCGUUCGUCGUUUCAAUCCGGUACACAACUGUAA